UAUUACCUACCUCUUCUCGUUUGAUCUCUACCUAGCUUCUUAUCUACACUUGCUAGCUAAGCUAACACUAAGAAGCAGACAUGCCUCCAGCAGCAGGAAUAGCAUGUCUUCCUCUGUAUGUUCCCUCCUCCCCAACUUGUUCUGCUUCAGUGGUCGUAACAAGAACAACUACCCCAAGAACCUCCUCCUGGGGUUAUGCUCAAAAGCCUCCUAGUAAGAUCAUGAAGAUUACAAGAUGGAGAUGCAGGGCAAGAGCUCCUUCUAGCGGAUCUGACAUCACAGACUUUGAUCUCUACGAUCUUAUGGGCAUCCAUAGCUCUUCGGAUCACUCUGAAAUAAGAAAAGCAUAUCGGACACUCCAGAAGAGGUGUCACCCGGACAUCGCUGGCGCAGCAGGCCAUGACAUGGCCAUCAUUCUCAAUGAAGCAUAUGCUCUUCUCUCUGAUCCUAAUCAACGCCUGGCUUAUGAUAAGGAGCACUCGAAAAUUGCAGAGCUCCGAGGUUACUCAGGGAAGCCUCUUUACUCGUCAUGGUUUGGUUCAGAAACCGAAGAACGAGCAGUUUUCGUGGAUGAAGUCAAGUGUAUUGGUUGCUUGAAAUGUGCGUUAUGUGCUGAAAAAACUUUUGCAAUUGAAUCCGUGUAUGGAAGAGCCAGGGUCGUCGGACAGUGGGCUGACCCUGAACACAAAAUAGAGCAGGCUAUACAGGCUUGUCCUGUUGAUUGCAUCUCGGUUGUGGAGAGGUCAGACCUAGCAGCUCUGGAAUUUCUAAUGUCGAAGCAGCCACGUGGCAAUGUAAGAAUAGGAAUGGGGAAUUCAGCCGGUACACGCGUCUCCAACAUCUUUGUUGAGGUGAAAAAAUUCCAGACAAGAUUCCAAGAUGCAAAACAGAAAGCUUCUGCACAGAGUUUUAAUGAGACAGACUUGCAAAGAGAAGCAAGAGUGUCAGCAAUUCAAGCCAUCAGAUCCAUCUCCAACUGGUUGUAUUGGACACCCUUUGCAAGUGCAGGUGAAACCAGUUCCAGAAGUACAACAAAGCCUCUCCCAUAUUUAAGACUACUUACCGCACAUAAAGAAUCCAGCACAGAAUCUGAACCAAACAUUGGCAAGAUCAGAGAUGCAGCUGCUGCCAGGAAACAACCAAAAAGAAACAGCAACCGCCGAACCUCUGCAUUGAAUGGUCACACAAGUAACCCAGGUGAUGAUGACUAUUGGACUCCAUUGAGCAAUGCUCUUCCAGCUGCUGCCUCAACCUCCCAAAGCAACUCCAACGUCUCGAGAUCAUCAGAACCUAAUUCACCUGCAGCAGGUAUUGGUGGCACAAGAUGGAAGCAAACAACACCUGUAGGUGAUAACAUUCGAAGAAAGAGCAACCCAAUUAGAUGGGUGGCUCCAAUGGGACCAGCAAUGGUUGCUUCAUUUCUUAUAGCUAGAUUACAAGGAGAUGAAGUUGCAACAGUUAACGGUAGUACUGGUACAGGUGGUGGUGGUUUGACAGAACAUGUAUAUGGCUCUUUAGCACUGGACAUAGUCAACAGCUCUUGGUUACAGAUCAUAUUGGCGGGGAUUACCUGGUAUAUAAUUGGAAUGAUAAUUGUAGGACUUGCAGAUGCCAUUCAAAGUAGGGAAAGUUAGGAGAGAUUGAUUUAUACUUCAAUAUUACUGUAAUUAUAAAGCACACUACAGUUAAGUACACACAUUUAGCAGAUCAAUGAUAAGUUGUUAUCUAUAUAGUCCACACUGUAAUUUUUCAUGUUUUCUGUAGGAACUUUCAGUAGCAAUGAAAAUUUGGUUUGUUAUCGACUUC